UUAUGGGUGGACUAUCAUACUGAUGUGACCAUGAAAUGGGCUGAGCUAUUUGAAGAUAUGGAACAGUCCAACAACCUUGAUCCUGACAAUGACCACCACAUCUGGCUCCUACACUUUCUCUUCUUGGACACCAUCAAUGAUGAUGCAGUGUCCUUUCAAAACAUGUGGAAUUAUCACCCAAUGUCUUUCAGAAGAUCAGGACAGUCUUGA